AUGUUCGUUUACAAGCGAGACGGACGCAAAGAGCGGGUGCAGUUCGACAAGAUCACUGCCCGUGUCUCCAGGCUGUGUUAUGGCCUCGACCCAGAGCAUGUUGAUGCUGCUGCUAUCACCCAGAAGGUUAUCUCUGGUGUCUACCAGGGUGUUGGAACCAUUGAGCUAGACAACCUGGCCGCCGAGACUGCCGCCUACAUGACCGUUACACACCCCGACUACGCCAUCCUGGCCGCUCGUAUUGCUGUAUCCAACCUCCACAAGCAGACCAAGAAGCAAUUCUCUAUGGUCAUUUCCGACCUCUUUCACUAUGUCAACCCCAAGAACAAAAAGCCCGCUCCCAUGAUUUCCAAAUAUAUCUAUGAGAUCGUUACAAAGCACGCUGAUGAGCUGAACUCCGCCAUUGUGUACGACCGUGACUUCAACUACAACUUCUUCGGCUUCAAGACCCUGGAGCGCUCAUAUCUGCUCCGCAUUGACGGCAAGGUUGCCGAGCGUCCUCAGCACCUGCUGAUGCGUGUUGCUGUUGGUAUUCACGGCGAAGAUAUUGAGAAGGCUAUUGAGACCUACCACCUCAUGUCCCAAAAGUACUUCACUCACGCUUCCCCUACCCUGUUCAACGCUGGUACCCCCCAGCCCCAGCUGGCUUCUUGCUUCCUAGUUGAUAUGAAGGAGGACAGCAUUGAGGGUAUCUAUGACACUCUCAAGACUUGUGCCAUGAUCUCCAAGACUGCUGGUGGUAUUGGUCUGAACGUUCACCGCAUUCGUGCCACCGGUUCAUACAUUGGCGGUACUAACGGUUCUUCCAACGGUAUUGUCCCCAUGCUCCGCGUGUACAACAACACUGCCCGCUACGUCGACCAGGGUGGUAACAAGCGCCCUGGUGCCUUUGCCAUCUACCUUGAGCCGUGGCACGCCGAUGUCUUCGAGUUCCUCGACCUCCGCAAGAACCACGGUAAGGAGGAAGUCCGUGCCCGUGAUCUGUUCUAUGCUCUGUGGACUCCCGAUCUGUUUAUGAAGCGUGUUGAGGCCAACGGUGACUGGACUCUGUUCUGCCCUAGCGAGGCCCCGGGCAUGUCUGAUGUCUACGGUGACGAGUUCGAGGCUCUCUAUGAGCGGUACGAGAAGGAGGGCCGUGGCCGUGUCACCAUCAAGGCUCAGAAGCUGUGGUAUGCCAUCCUUGAGGCUCAGACCGAGACUGGUAACCCCUUCAUGCUGUACAAGGAUGCUUGCAACAAGAAGAGCAACCAGAAGAAUCUGGGAACCAUCCGCAGCUCCAACCUGUGCACUGAGAUCAUCGAGUACAGUGCUCCCGACGAGGUCGCUGUCUGCAACUUGGCCUCUCUUGCUCUCCCCACCUUCGUUGAUGCUGCUCGUGGCGAGUAUGACUUCGGCAAGCUGCACGAGGUCGUCCAGGUCCUGGUUCGCAACCUGAACAAGAUCAUUGACAUCAACUACUACCCCGUUCCCGAGGCCAAGAAGAGCAACUUCCGUCACCGUCCCAUCGCUCUUGGUGUCAACGGUCUGGCCGAUGCCUUCCUGGCUCUGCGUCUGCCCUUCGACUCCCCCGAGGCUAAGCAGCUGAACAUUCAGAUCUUUGAGACCAUCUACCACGGUGCUCUGACUGCCUCCGCUGCCAUUGCUAAGGAGCUCGGUACUUACGAGACCUACCCUGGCUCCCCCGUCUCGCAGGGUAUCCUGCAGUACGACAUGUGGGACCGUACCCCUACUGACCUUUGGGACUGGGCUUCCCUGAAGGCGACCAUCGCCGAGCAUGGUGUUCGCAACAGUCUGCUGGUCGCUCCCAUGCCCACUGCCUCCACCAGUCAAAUUCUGGGCUUCAACGAGUGCUUCGAGCCCUACACCUCCAACAUCUACUCUCGCCGUGUCCUUGCUGGUGAAUUCCAGAUUGUCAACCCCUGGCUGCUGAAGGACCUGGUCGACCUUGGCCUUUGGUCCGACAACAUGAAGAACCGCAUCAUUGCUGAUGGCGGUUCGGUGCAGAACAUCCCCAACAUCCCCGCCGACAUCAAGGCCCUGUACAAGACCGUCUGGGAGAUUUCUCAGCGUAGCAUCCUGCAGAUGGCCGCCGACCGUGGUGCCUACAUCGAUCAGUCCCAGUCGUUGAACAUUCACCUGAAGGAGCCCACCAUGGGUAAGCUCACCUCCAUGCACUUCGCUGGCUGGAAGAUGGGCCUGAAGACCGGCAUGUACUACCUCCGUACCAUGGCCGCCUCCGCCCCCAUCCAGUUCACCGUCGACCAGGAGCAGCUGAAGGUUGAGGAUACCAACGUUGCCCGUGCCAACCCUACGUACAAGAAGCGUGGCGCCGCCUCCUCCGGCUACUCCGCUGUUCCCCGUGCUGAGCCCGCUGCCGCCGCCGCCGCCCCUCAAGAGAGCCCUCGCACUCUGGUUGCGGACCCUGUUGUCCCUGUCGUUACCCCCACUGCCACUGAGACUAGCGGCGAGGCCGCCGAGGAAACUGAGGAGACUGAGAAGACCGAGGGUGACAUCUACUCCGAUGCCGUUCUGCAGUGCAGCAUCGAGAACAAGGAUGCUUGCAUCAUGUGCCAGGGCUAA